UAAGAAUUCAGUGCUUCGUUGUAUUUCAUAGCGUUAAGUCAAUGUAAUUGAUUUCGAGUCACUAAGAGCUAAAGGCUUGGCAAAUUUAAAAAUUGUGUAACUCUAAGUGAAUACUGUUGAUAAAAUAAAAUCUACUACUGUGCUUGAUGUCAAACCAAUAAGCAUAUUUACGUAAAUAUGAGGAUGUUAUUAAUUCUAUGCUUUUUAUCGUCGCUGGCUUAUGAAGGACUCAGUUUAUCGCUUGAUCCUGUUGCUUCUAACGAACUCGAACAGUACAUCAAAAACGAUUUUAUUAUAUCCCUUCGACAUAUAAGACCUAGACGAAAAUUUCGCCUAUCAAUUGAAGCUUUAUUCAUGAUUGAUUUUCCUGCUGCUAAACAUAAAUUCUCUUUUUAUCUCGAUCGAACCGAAAAACGAGUUACGGUUGAUGUAAGCGCGAAUACUAAACUACUAUCGAAAUAUUUAGAUAUUCCUGGAAUGAAUGAAACUACUACAAUAAGAUCGCUAGCUGUUUUUUUCAAACAUAAGUCACUAGUCCUUUUUGUCGAUUGUAAUGAAGGAGCACAGCUGGAUCUGGAUAUGGAUAUUUCAAAAUUAUAUACCGAAAUGAACGAACCAAGUGUUAAAUUAUUCAGGGAACGUAAAUAUCCGCUUUAUUUGGACUCCUCUGUAGAAAACGCACUUUCAAGAACCAGUUGUCAGAAUUUGCUUAAACGUAAGCAUUCACAAAAAACAGGAUCAACAGGAAAGUUACUGAAGAACAAGAAAUCUGUUUACGAGCAAGUUGAAAGUAUACUCCCAUAUGAACGGAAUAAAAAGCGAGAUGUUCGAAACUGGCAUCGAGGAAAUGAGAGAUAUCGUGAAGAACGCUUUGAAGUUAGAAACACUAAUAACAGAGGUGAUAUCCCGAUUAUACACGGAGAUUGUGAUGAAAACUUAUCAAAAUCGUUGAAUGAACUAAUUGCGUUGGUGAAAGAACUACGUGAAGAAAUUCGACGCCAGAGGGAUGAAAUCGGACAAUUACGAAGCCUGAUUGAGAACUGCGCAGGGUGUCAGAAGGCACCUGAACCAUUGCGGGAAAGCUGUCAGAGCAGUAAUCCUUGCUUUCCCGGUGUGCACUGCUAUGAUACGCAAGCUGGAAUGAGGUGUGGACAUUGUCCACGAGGAUACGUUGGAGAUGGCAUAAAUUGCAAACCUGGAGUAACUUGUGCGGAGAGACCAUGUUUCUCAGAUGUACAAUGUUUCGAUACGACUGAGGGUGCACAAUGCGGUUCUUGCCCAGACCGAUACGAAGGGGAUGGAAAAACAUGUCGCAUCAAAAAUAAAUGUGAUGAUAAUGUAUGUGCUGCCGGAGUUCAAUGUUCCAUGAUUGAUCGUCCACCGUUUUUCAAAUGUGGUGACUGUCCGCUCGGAUUCAAAGGAAAUGGAACUGUUUGUCAAGACAUUGACGAGUGCGAUUUGAUCGAACCAUGCGAUGUACGAGUUCGCUGCAUUAACUUGGUUCCAGGUUUUCAGUGUGAACCUUGCCCAUCUGGAUUUACAGGUCUUCAUAGUGAAGGAUUAUAUGCUGCAACAUUUGAAUAUGCCCUUCAAAGGCAAAAGUGCAGCGACAUCAACGAAUGUGCCGAUGGAUCAGCUCGUUGCGGUACAAAUUCUAUUUGUGUGAAUACUGAAGGAUCUUACAUGUGUCAAUGCAAUCGUGGAUUCAUACUGAAUUCUACAUAUGGCUGUUUACCUGUCGAAGGAAUGUGUUUCGAUGGAACCGUUUGCGACAGAAAUGCUAUCUGUCGACAUGCUGGCAGUAAUACAUACAAGUCUCUGAAAAAAGGAACAGACAACCAACAAGGAACGGACUACCAGGAAGGUAGCAGGAAGACUGCCAAAGGCGAGUCUACCGAUUUUGGAGGACCGUCUUCAGAAGGAAGCGGCUUCAGGACUGGCUUGUCAUUCCGAGCUGGAGGCGGAUCGCUUGUGGAUCUUGGCACUGGGGAGAGAAAACCAAUGAUGAUGCGGCCGGCAUUCUACGACUACCACGCUCGGGCGCUGAUAGACGAUGUCACUGCUAUCGUGUCCUCCGCCGGUCACCACAAUGGCGCUGCAAAGGCUUCCAGUGGCAGUAUAUGCAAGUGCAAAGUAGGCUGGGCUGGUGAUGGUUUUCACUGCGGUCCCGACAGAGAUUUAGAUGGAUGGGCUGAUUCUGACCUAGGCUGCGCUGGAAGCAGAUGCCGACAUGAUAACUGUAUUAACAUACCCAAUUCUGGCCAAGAAGAUGCAGACGGUGACGGAAUUGGUGAUGCUUGCGAUCAAGAUGCGGACAAUGAUGGCAUUCUUAACAGUCCAGAUAAUUGCCCGCUUGUACACAAUCCAGAUCAGUUGGAUACAGAUAAAGAAGGAGGAGACAAAUUAGGUGACGCAUGUGACAAUUGCCCUAUGGUUGCAAAUAUUGACCAGCACGAUGUAGAUAAGGACGGUAUCGGAGAUGCAUGCGAUCCUGACAUAGACAACGAUGGAAUUUUGAAUGAAAAUGAUAAUUGCCCCAAAAAAUCAAAUUCUAAUCAACUUGAUAGUGAUGGAGACGGUAUCGGGGAUGUUUGCGAUAAUUGCCCAAAUGUGGCAAAUUUAAAUCAGAUGGAUUCUGAUAAUGAUCUAAUAGGAGACGCUUGUGAUAGCGAUAUUGAUAGAGACCGAGACGGAGUUCAGGAUAGUCAAGACAAUUGUCCUAAAUUAGCGAAUUCCGAUCAAUUGGACACAGAUGGAGAUGGUCGUGGCGAUUUGUGUGAUCCUGAUGCGGACAACGAUGGUAUUCUUAACGGGGAUGAUAAUUGUCCAAUCGUUCACAAUCCCGAUCAAACUGACGCAAACCAUGAUGGAGUUGGAGAUAUUUGUGAAGAAGAUUUUGAUCUAGAUUUGAUACCAAACUAUCUAGACAAUUGUCCCAACAACUCAAAAAUAUUUUCAACAGAUUUCAGAACUUAUCAAACGGUUGUGUUAGACCCAGAAGGCGAUUCUCAAAUUGAUCCAAAUUGGGUUAUUUAUAAUAAAGGUGCGGAAAUUGUACAAACUCAAAACAGUGAUCCCGGUCUAGCGGUAGGCUACGAUGCUUUUGGAGGCGUGGAUUUUGAAGGAACUUUCUUCAUUGAUACGGAAAUAGAUGAUGAUUACGUUGGAUUUAUAUUCAGUUACCAAGAUAACCACAAAUUUUAUGCGGUGAUGUGGAAAAAGAAUAUUCAAACAUAUUGGCAGGCCACUCCAUUUAGAGCUUCAGCUGAACCUGGCAUUCAAUUAAAGCUCAUUGACAGUAAUACAGGCCCAGGGCAAAUGCUUCGUAACAGUUUGUGGCAUACAGGAGAUACAAAAGAUCAAGUCAAGCUGUUAUGGAAAGAUCCAAGAAACGUUGGCUGGAAAGAACGCACAGCAUACCGAUGGUUACUGCUGCAUCGUCCAAGAAUUGGAUUGAUUCGCCUUAGAGUUUUUGAUGGCGAAAAAAUGGUCGCAGAUUCCGGAAACAUUUAUGACACCACUCUCAAAGGUGGUCGCUUGGGAGUGUUCUGUUUUUCACAGGAAAUGAUAAUCUGGUCAGAUUUAGUGUACAGAUGCAACGAUAACGUUCCAGAAGCAAUAUACCGAGAGUUACCAUCCCGUUUGCAGAAAGAAGUACAAGUAGACAACAAAGCGUGAGCGCUACCGGUGUUAACUUCUUUAUUUCCGAAAUAUGUUAGUGUUUACAUCAGCAAAUCACGCUAAACAGUAUCGCUAACACUAACAAUUUGAAUAAAUCAUAGUUCAAAAUCUAUGUGGUAGUUUUUUAAA